AUGCUGCUCGAAUCACUGCGGCCGCCUCUCGAGCUUGUCUUCGAAUGGCAGACGUCCAAGUUCCCGCACGGCAUCCGCCGUGGAUGGGGGCUCAUCAUCCUCAUCGGAGUCCUGUAUCCCAUAUGUCUGAUCGCCGUUGUCCUCCGUACCAGAGUCCGAGUGCGAAGGCGGAGUUUCGGUGCUGACGAUGGUCUGAUAAUACUCGCCGUGCUCUUCGCCGCCGGCGUAGACAUCUCCCUAAUCCUCGGUGCGCCAAAUCCCCCCCUCCUGGUGCACGCCGUCCUCCCACUCACGCAGCCCCAUCCAGCCUUCCUACUCUACGGCUACGACCGCCACGUCUGGGACGUCACGCAGCCCAUGGCGCUCCAAGCGCGCAAGGUCAGCGCCAAACCCAUCCCCCCUCCCUCCAAAUCAUCCCCCCAAGCUAACACAGGAGGAACGGGGUGCCCUUACGGCGGACAGAUGAUCCUCGCCAUCGAACUCCUCAACUCAACCAGCACAUGCCUGACCAAAAUCUCCAUCCUCAGCUUCUACCGGCGGCUGGGGCGCGGGACUUACACGACGACGUUCCUGCUCAUCGUGCAGACCAACAUGGCGCUGAUCGUCGCCUACCUCGUCUCCUUCUCCAUCGUGCUGGUGCUAACGUGCCGGCCCGUCGCCGCGUACUGGCUGCAGUUCUCGGUGGUGUGGGCGGCGCAGGAGCGCAACUCGUACCGGUGCGUCAACGAGGCCGCCAACACCAUCGCCGCCAACGCCGUGUCCAUCGCGCAGGACCUCGUGGCGUGCGGCUUGCCGUCCGUGCUGCUGUGGAAGCUGCAGAUGGGGCGCGGGAAGAAGUUCUUGCUGGGCGCGCUGUUGGGGCUGGGCAUCCUCCCAUGCAUCGCCGGCCUCCUCCGCCUCCUGUACACCGUCCGCGCCUACUCGGGCACCUACGACGCCACCUGGGCCGCCCACCCCAUCUUCGUCUGGACCGUCGUCGAGACCCAUCUCGGCAUCCUGUGCGCCUGCGCCCCCGCCCUGCAUUCGUACGCCAAGGAAGCGCUGCAGAAGGCGGCGGCCGGCGGCUCCGCGACGUGGUUGACGUCUGGGAGGCUGUGCGAGAGCACGCUGGGUUUUAUCAAGUACCUGUCGAGUCGGAGUUGGAGUCGGGGGACGGCGACGGGGACGGGGUCCUCCGAGGCGGAUGCGUCGGGGGAUGGGUCUGGGUCUGGGUCGUUCUUUUGGGGGAAGGGGAGGAGGAAGAGGAGGAGGGGGAGUGUCAGUGGGCAUGUUGAGUUGGAGGAGGGUGGCGGUGGCGGUGGCGGUGGGGGGAGGGGUGGUGGUGGUGGUAGUGGUGGCACUGGUAGCGGCACUGGUGGGAGUUCCAGCUAUGGAAGUAGUAUUGGCGACGACCGAGACCGAGGUGGUCGUGGUGGUGGGAGUCGCGGUGGUGGCAGUGAUGGUGGUAACGGCGGCGCUGGCGAAUUCGGCGGGAAGAAAGGGAGGCACGACAGCGGCGGUGUCAGCCGGAGCGCUGGGACGUUGCUGUCGUCGUCGCUGCUGUCGACGCUGGACGAGGCGGGGUCGGAGCGGUCGAUGAUGGUGGACGACGCGGAUGUUAGUGACACCGGGGCGGCGGAAGAUGACGGAGACUUGGAACGUGGGUUCUUUUCGCAGUCUGGCCAGCUAGAUGAGAAGUGCAGAAAGAGGGAGGGCGGAGUGUGGGAUUGGGUCAGGCUGCCCAAGGCGUGGCCGGUCGGUCUACCAGAACCUCCGCCAGCCGCGUACUUGGGCGCGUAUCGACAACAAGCUGAACAUCACCGAUGGACUGAGGAUGAAGUGCCCCUAUCAACGGCGAGCAGACCAGUCCGAGGGGACCAGGUGUCGCAUGAGGACAUUGGGUUGGCCAUCACCACGAAUCCGCCGACUAUACCACGGCUGUUGCACGAUGAACGGCACAGCAUUGACGAUAUAGAAUGCAUCUGA